AUACAUGUGCGAUCUCAAACGUAAGUAUCUGAGAACCAAGAUGCAAAUCAACAACACUCAUGCCAUGAACAGGCNNACUCUGGAUGCGGGAGGCCACUGUGUUUUGGAGAUGCCUUCAGGAACUGGAAAGACCGUGACACUGCUAUCUCUAAUCGUGGCAUACCAACAACAUUAUCCGGAACAUCGCAAACUCAUUUACUGCUCUCGUGUGUUAUGCUCUUCGAACCCAUGCACUGCAACAUCUAACAUGUCUAGGUNNACAAUGUCUGAGAUCGAAAAGGCACUUGCCGAAUUGAAAGCUCUGAUGAAAUAUCGAUCAGAACAACUUGGUUACGUUGAAGACUUCAGAGGACUGGGUCUUACUUCGCGUAAAAACCUGUGUCUGCACCCUUCAGUCAAGAGAGAAAAGAGUGGCGCCAUUGUCGAUGCCAGAUGUCGAUCUCUCACUGCAGGUUUUGUCAAGGAGAAAAAGGAAAGGGGUGAGGAUGUAGAACUUUGCGUCUACCAUGAGACCUUACUGUUCAGGCUACUUACUGAUUCUAUCAGANACCUCGAUCUUCUGGAACCGCACAACUUGAUCCCUCCAGGUGUCUUCACAUUUGACGAUGUGCUCAAAUAUGGCGAGGAGCAGAAGCAAUGUCCAUACUUUACAGUUCGACGAAUGGUGAGUUUAGUAAUGCACUUGGAUAUGCAAUCUCUGACAAGACAAUCAGNNAUGCCCUUCUGCAACGUUGUCAUCUACUCAUAUCACUAUCUACUAGACCCUAAGAUCGCCGAAAGAGUAUCGAAGGAACUCUCCAAGGACUGCAUUGUCGUUUUCGAUGAAGCUCACAACAUUGACAACGUCUGUAUCGAGUCGUUGAGUAUCGACAUUACUGAAGACUCAUUACGGAAAGCCGGAAGAGGUGCAGCCAAUCUGGAGAAGAAGAUCAGCGAGAUGAAAACUACAGACGCAGCAAAGUUGCAAAACGAAUACGCCAAGCUGGUACAAGGCCUUCGAGAUGCCGACGAAGCAAACGACGAAGGAGCAUUUAUGAGAAAUCCAGCACUACCGGAUGACCUUCUCAAGGAAGCCGUGCCAGGAAACAUCCGAAGAGCAGAACACUUCGUUGCUUUCCUCAAACGUUUCGUCGAGUACCUCAAGACUCGCAUGAAAGUACUGCACGUCAUUUCAGAAACACCACCAUCUUUCUUACAACAUCUCAAAGAGCUCACGUUUAUCGAGAGAAAGCCUUUGCGCUUUUGCGCAGAACGUCUGACAUCUUUGGUAAGGACGCUGGAGCUGCAAAACAUCGAGGAUUACCAACCAUUGCAAGAAGUCGCCAGUUUCGCUACUUUGGUCGCAACGUACGAGACUGGCUUCCUCCUCAUUCUCGAACCCUACGAAUCAGAAACCGCCACUGUGCCCAAUCCCAUUCUUCACUUUACUUGUCUCGAUGCUGCAAUCGCUAUAAAGCCCGUCUUUGAUCGCUUCAGCUCAGUGGUCAUUACCUCUGGUACGAUCUCUCCACUCGAAAUCUACCCCAAGAUGCUCGGCUUCAACACGGUAGUCCAGGAGUCAUACAGCAUGACACUGGCUCGCCGUUCUNUUCUGCCAAUGAUCGUAACCAGAGGAAGCGAUCAAGGCGCCAUCUCCUCCUCCUUCACCAUCAGAAACGACCCAGGCGUGGUCCGCAACUACGGCAACCUCCUGAUCGAAUUCUCCAAAAUCACUCCUGAUGGAAUCGUAGUCUUUUUCCCUUCGUAUCUAUACAUGGAAAGCAUAAUCUCCAUGUGGCAAGGCAUGGGCAUCCUCGACCAAGUCUGGAAACACAAACUCAUCCUCGUGGAAACUCCCGACUCGCAGGAAACCUCGCUGGCGUUGGAGACUUAUCGUACCGCAUGCAGUAACGGCAGAGGUGCAGUGUUACUCUGCGUCGCCCGCGGCAAAGUUUCCGAAGGCAUAGAUUUCGACCAUCAUUACGGUCGCACUGUGCUUUGCAUCGGUGUCCCCUUCCAAUACACCGAAUCCCGCAUCCUCAAAGCGCGUCUCGAGUUCCUCCGCGAAACCUACCGUAUCCGCGAAAAUGACUUUUUGUCUUUUGACGCCAUGAGACAUGCUGCUCAAUGUUUGGGCCGUGUUCUACGCGGCAAAGACGAUUACGGAAUUAUGGUACUCGCAGACCGCCGUUUCGGCAAAAAGCGCACCCAACUGCCCAAAUGGAUAAACGCAGCUUUACUAGAAGGAGAUUCCAACCUCUCUGUGGACCAAGCGGUCGCCACCGCAAAAAGGUUUUUGAAAAUGAUGAGUAAGCCAUUCCCUGCCAAAAUGCAGGAAGGCGUCUCAACAUGGAGUAUUGAGGAUCUGAACAGACAUAAAGAAAAAGUGGACAAGGAGAGACAGAGGGAUGAGAGGAAUGCUGGGGUUAGUGGUGAUGCUGUUAUGAGGGAAGCUCAUCAGACUGCAGAAGACGAAUAUGGAGGUUUGGAUGAUGAGGAUAUUAUGCAAGUUGAUGCU